UAGUUCUCAGUAAAAUUAGCACGCACUCUUCUAACCCUAAAACACAACGCAAUGAAAUGCAUCAGUAAAAUGUACCAGUGAAACGAACGAGGCAAACAGCAACACAGACUUUUUACGUAAUGAAACAAACGUGCGAUUAAAUUAUUCAUUAAUUUAUUUUGUAUUAAGACUAGCUUGAAAGCGGUUUUUAGAGAGUUUAGGGAUGCUAAUCAAACCAUUACAGGCGAUUGCAGAAAGCUAUUGAAUCUGGAUUUAGAACAAAAAUGAGGAAGUGUGUUUCAUGCGCUACACCAAAACUAGUUCUCCGGGGAAAGUCAAACCUGUGUAAAGAGAGGGAGGGUGUGUGUGUGUGUGUGUGUGUGUGUGAGAGAGAGAGAGAGAGAGAGAGGUAGGCUGCAGAUCGUCUCCGCGUCGCUAUUGGUUUGUCGCUCCUCAGCGCCGCGCAGUGAUGCUCGCACCUGGCGAAGGGCGGAAGACCCGCAGCAUCAGCACCAGCACCGGCCGAUCUCCAUGACGACAGCGGCAUCUCCAGCAUGGUGCAGAAAUCCCGCAACGGCGGCGUGUAUCCCGCGCCGCAGGCCGAGAAGAAGCUGAAGGUGGGCUUCGUGGGGCUGGAGGCGGGCGCCACGGAGUCGAGCCGAGACGGCGCGCUGCUGAUCGCGGGCGCGGAGGCGACGAAGCGCGGCAGCAUCUUGAGCAAACAGCGCUCCAGCAUCUCCGGGAAGAGGCCGCCGAAGCGCAACGCGUUCUACCGACGCCUGCAGAAUUUCCUCUACAACGUUCUGGAGAGACCCCGCGGCUGGGCGUUCAUCUACCACGCUUACGUUUUUCUGCUGGUUUUCUCCUGUCUGGUUCUGUCCGUGUUCUCCACCAUCAAAGAGUAUGAGAAGAGCUCGGAAGAUGCCCUCUACAUCCUGGAAAUCGUCACCAUUGUGGUUUUCGGAGUGGAGUACAUCGUAAGGAUCUGGUCUGCGGGAUGCUGCUGUCGAUACAGAGGAUGGAGGGGAAGAUUAAAAUUCGCCCGGAAACCUUUUUGCGUCAUCGACAUCAUGGUGCUGAUCGCCUCCAUCUCGGUUUUGGCCGCUGGAACGCAGGGGAAUGUGUUCGCCACCUCCGCCAUCAGGAGUCUCCGCUUCCUCCAGAUCCUCCGGAUGAUCCGCAUGGACCGGCGCGGGGGGACCUGGAAGCUCUUGGGGUCUGUGGUCUACGCUCACAGCAAGGAACUGAUCACUGCGUGGUACAUCGGCUUCCUGUGUUUGAUCCUGGCCUCGUUCCUGGUGUAUCUGGCUGAGAAGGAGGAUAACGAGAUGUUCGACACCUACGCCGAUGCGCUCUGGUGGGGUCUGAUCACUCUGACCACCAUCGGCUACGGCGAUAAAUAUCCCAUAACCUGGAACGGACGUCUCCUCGCGGCGACCUUCACCCUGAUCGGGGUGUCUUUCUUCGCUCUGCCUGCCGGGAUUCUGGGUUCUGGGUUUGCCUUGAAAGUUCAGGAACAGCACCGGCAGAAACAUUUCGAGAAGCGCAGAAAUCCAGCUGCCGGCCUAAUUCAGGCUGCCUGGAGGUUCUACGCCACAAACCUGAAUCGCACGGAUCUCUACUCGACGUGGGACUAUUACGAGAGGACCGUAUCUGUGCCCAUGUACAGACUCAUCCCUCCUCUGAACCAGCUCGAUCUGCUGAGAAACCUCAAGAGCAAAUCCGGCCUCUCCUUUAGGAAAGAAGCCCAACCAGAACCCUCUCCAAGUCAGAAAGUGAGCCUGAAAGAGCGCGUGUUCUCCAGCCCGAGAAACUCCGCGAACAAAGGGAAGAACUCUCCUCAGGGCCAGCAGCCCCUGCGACGCUCUCCCAGCGCCGACAACAGCAUCGAGGACAGUCCCUCCAAAGUACCCAAGAGCCUCAGUUUUGGUGACCGCAGUCGAGCCAGACAGGCCUUCCGCUUCAAAGGCGCCGCCUCCCGACAGAACUCAGAAGUGCUCAUUGAGAUGCAAGAGGAAGAUUUGAGACACAGGAACUCUCCAGCAAUCGAAGGGUUAAUCAAAGCCAGCCUUCCCGGAGAAGACAUUGUUGAUGACAAUAAGAGCUGCCAUUGUGAGUUUGUCCCUCAGGAUUUAACGCCGGGACUAAAAGUUACCAUCAGGGCCGUGUGCAUCAUGAGGUUCAUGGUGUCCAAGCGCAAGUUUAAAGAGAGUCUCCGGCCGUACGACGUGAUGGACGUGAUCGAGCAGUACUCGGCCGGACAUCUGGACAUGCUGGCUCGCAUUAAAAACCUGCAGUCCAGGUUAGAUAUGAUAUUGGGUCCUCCGGGCCCCAGCACCCCUCGCCAAAAGAAGUGUUCAACCAAAGGAACCAAAGAGUCGCCCCAGUUGUCUUCUAGAGUCGAUCAGAUUGUUGGUCGAGGUCCUCCAAUAACAGACAAGGACCGUCCUAAAGGAACCACGGACACAGAGCUGCCGGAAGAUCCCAGCAUGAUGGGACGGCUUGGGAAAGUGGAGAAACAGGUGAUGUCGAUGGAGAGAAAGCUGGAUUUCCUGGUCAACAUCUACAUCCAGCGCAUGGGCAUCCCGCAGUCCGAGACGGAUGCUUACUUCGCCUCUAAGGAGCCGGACCCGGCCCCGCCGUACCACAGUCCAGUGGAGCACAUGGAGAAGAGCGGCUCCAUCACCAAAAUCAUCCGCUCCAACAGCUCGGCGGGCCAGAAGAACUUCGACCCGCCGCCGUCGACGUGCAUCAACCACCACUGCCCGCCCUCAACGUCCUGGCACCUUCACAGCCGGCCCGAACCCAUGCAGGGACCGUCACCCACGGGCGACCCCUCGCUAGUGCGCAUCCCGCCGCCUCCGGCCCACGAGCGCUCGUCCGCCGGCCACAACGGAGGCUCUCGCGGGGCGGGACAGCAUCAUUCGUCGCGAGGCGAAGACGGACGCCCGCUGGCCCUUUCCCAGCAGCAGGCUGGAGCCGAGAGCGACACGUCCAUAUCCAUCCCCUCGGUGGACCACGAGGAGCUGGAGCGCUCCUUCAGCGGCUUCAGCAUCUCGCAGUCCAAAGAGAACCUGGACUUCCUCAACAACGCCUACUUCAGCGGCGUGUCGCGCUGCGCUAAGGUCCGGCCGUACAUCGCCGAGGGCGAGUCGGACACGGACUCCGAUCUGUGCGCCCCGUCGCCUCACUCCGCCACCGGAGACGGCGCUUACGCAGACAGAGGAUGGUCCGGCCCGAAGUAAACCUCGCCGAUCCGUGACCCGACCGUCGGCAGAAUGCGCGCCGGACUGCGUUUGCGUGUUUAAAAAGCAGCGUUUCUCUUCGGCUCCUCGGGCGGAAGAAGCGGUGGAAGCGGCAAGAUGCAAUGCGGUGGCUUCUGGGAGCCGAGCGCUUGCUUAUCCAUCGGCUCGUGUCUGGAGAAGGGUGCAUUUUAUUGCGAGAGACGCUGGGAGAGACUUUUAGCGUGUCAUUUGUGACCCCGGACCGCAAAACCAGUCAUAUUUUGGACAUUUUUAGAUUAAAUAAGCCGUCCAUUGAGGCGUGGUUCGUUAAGGCCGGGACACACCAAACCUGCGAGCGCAGACGAAAGCUGACAGUGUUGUUGCCUCUCAUCGGACAAAAAAAGCUGUGCUUGAACACACUGCACACACUACAGCCGAGAUGAGUUUGAUAACUAUAUUAUCGGCUGUCAAUAGUAAAUGCGCGUCAUUCGUACAGAGAGACCGGAGCAAAGAUAUACGAGAUAAGCACAGACGUAUGAAACGUAAACAAAGCGACGCUUAAAAUGAAAAUGAACUAUAUUUAUUUUGUCAGCUCGCGUUGCUAUUUUUGUGGUGAACAAUUAAUCCGUGCACGUCAAUCCACCAAAUUUUGUUUGCCUUUAAUCCAAAUCUGGAAAUGCUCCUCCCUUCACCGGAACGCCUACUUUACUACAUCCAAUCAAUUUGCGGUAGAAAUAAUAAGCCACACCCUCUAGUUUACUUAUUCAAUCUCUCGUUAGUAUGUCACAAUGCAUGAGUAAAUAUAGUAUCGCGAUACUAGUCUCUUGAAAAUGCAUAUAAAUACUAUGCAAAUUAAAAUCGAAAACUCGUAUUGAUGCGCAAAAAUGGAUUUUGGCUUAUAUGUGACUUGCGGGUUUGUUCGUAUCUAUACUACGAGUUUUCAUUUUUAUUUGCCGUACUAUUUAUACGCACACAUAUGAGAUCACGCAGGUCAUGUUGAAUCGGACCGAGGUGAGCCCGACAAGAGCUGAUGGCCGACCGUCGGAUUGGUGUGUCUUUCGGAGAGGACAUAUAAUAAUAUUUGGAAGAGAUGAAACUAUUUGAAACUCUGCAAUCCCCUAAAGUUUGCACAAAAAUCUAAAUAUUGACAAAACUGCAUUUAAAGUCGUUCAGAUGAAGUCACAUGCAAUGCAAAAUAUCUUCAUCUGCUUAAGACGGUUUUGUGCGCCGGGGUCACAUAUGUGGUGCGUUUGCAUCUUUAAGAACAUGUCAUUGAUUUCACAUAGUCAGCUGGUCAAAGGGACUGUUCACUCAAAAAUCUUACAAACGACCUUUCGUAAUUUACUCACCCUCGUGUGGCAUCAAACGAUACGACUUGCUUUCUUCUGUGCAACACAAAUGAAGAGGUGCUUUUCAAACAAGGACAGGUUUUGCCUCUUUCAAGCUCUAAAAGGACCAAACUGCAUUCGAGCAACCAGCACACAUCAAAUGCAUUCAGUCGAAAGUAGAUAGAAUCGAUCGUAAAAGAUGAAUAUAGAUCGGUGGGCCACUUUGUCAAAGAAGUUGUUCAUGUUUGUCCCUAAACCUUUGGCAAAACUCUCAAAAGGAGUGGAGAUGUCGUUAAAACUAGCUACAAAAGUGGCAACAAUUAUCACGUGAAACCAUAACGAUUAAGUAAAGAACCAUAAAAAACCCCAUAACGAUUAAGUAAACAACCUUUAACGUUUGUGGAGGCUUGGUGCCAAUGCAAGAAAAGCACAAAUUAAACUUAACCGAUUUGUAGAUAAACAACCAAGUCGUAAGCGUCGUUACAAUUAAAAUACGACGAUUGUGCAGCCCUGCGUUUAAUAUGCGUUGAACAGUUUCUCGUUUUCCACGGGACUCGAACCGAAAACCCUAGCAUAGCUAGCAGAAGUCUUCAGAAAUGACGAAACCAGUAAAACGCAAGUCGUAUUUCGAUGAUAAACGACACGAGGGCGAGUAAAUAACGAGAGGCUUGAGAUUUUAGCGUGAACUGUCUCUUUAAAUCAUGUCUCUGUAGUACAGUGUCAUCCAUGUUCGCUUGUGAAUGUACUUCACGACAGCUUGUGAAUUUUAAAACAUCUCUAAACCAGGUCACUUAACGUCCAUCACAGUACUCCCUUAAUUAAUUGCCAUGGUUAGUGAAUUCACUUCAAGUACAUAUAUCAAAUAUGAAAAAUCACCUUCUCUCGAGUUUACAGUUUUUUUAUUACACCCUGAAUUAAUAAUUUGCAUGUUAAUAAAUUAGGAAUAUUUAGUAAGAUUGUAUAUUUAAAGUUAAUUUCAUACUGCGGAUUAACAGCUUCUUGAUAUAAUGAUAAAAAAAAGCCUAUUUUUCUUUUAUUAAAGAUACUAAACCUUCCAAAGCAAUUUCUAAAACUAUUUCUGUAACAACAACAGUAUCUGUUUAUUAAUAUAAUAUGUCUGCUUCGCGGUCAUGCGGCAUACAUACUCGUUUUCUAAAACAUGCCGUCGGAAAACGUGAGGGCCGGGUGUAGUACAAAGUCGAACGUGAACUAAUCAUUUAGUUAGUGUGUUAGUUAAUUGAAUCUCACUCAUGAAAAAGGGAAAAACCCUCUUUUGAAUGCACUAAUGUACUGAGAGCACAUGAGAAAUGCACUGUGUCGUUUUGCCUUGUUCUGGUGUAAUCAAUGUUUCGUUGCCUUUUAUAGUUUGUUUUAUUAAACUGAACGAAAACGUCUGUAUCGAGACCGGACAGCUGGCCGGAUUUAACGUAUGUUUCCUGUAGAAAUCAUCCGUAUGUGCUCUACAGUACACAUGCAAGAGCGCACAUCUCCAAAGAGGAUAGUUCGUUUACAUCUUUCGUCUUCCAUCCGAGUCGCCGCAGUCUCUUCUUCAACGCUGGUCAUCUGCUGCCUGUGCCGGACGGACGCGGGAGACCGGGGCUAGUUGUCACGUUUAUUCACGAGACGAAAGUCUAAUUACAAACUGCUGUUGCUCAGGAAAAAUUGGUGCAUUUGGCAAACGCUUUUAUCAGGGGAGAAUUGCAUUUUCCUGGAGAAUUGCAUUAAAAAAAACGAACUUAGGAAUGCUUUUCGCUUAGAACUUGCAAGUGCAUUUCACAAAUAAUGACAAAUAAUCGGCCAUUUUUUUCUUAUAAAACAUACUUCAAUGAAAACUGUUUAUAUGGGGCAGGUCGUCACACUGCCACACAUAAAGUGCUAGAGUGAAAAGCACUGGUGCAGGGUGGGCUAUUUCACUUUUUGCUUUACUUUGAAACGUUUCCGCCGAGUGACGACUAACCCCGGCCUCCCCGAUUUGAAUGCAAAGUGCUUAAGAUUCAGCAAAAGCAGCAGAGUUGAUUCCUGGAUUAAUACAGCGUAAAACAAUUACACAAUGUACAGUCAGAACACCGUGGUAAAUGACCACUGAACACCAUUUGCCCCAACCGAGACAUCUAGACGUAAGUCAUUGGUUCAGUUGGGUCGUGUGGCAGCUCUGAAGCUGAAAAUCGCUUACAAAAAAGUACUACGUCAAUACUCCGGUAUUCUUUGAAGUACCUAGGCCUGCCAUGUAAAUACCAUGCUACACGAACACGGUAUUCCCUGCCGUCGCUGUGCUACGGUAACACCGCAGUGCUUGUUUGUAAGAGACGGCUGGGUUCCGCACAUUCAGUCCGUAACAGUGGUUCGAGUUGAAUAUCGUCACAGCUGCCUUGCUUGAUUUCAAUUUGUUUUCCAAAGACUCUACUGUACUUCGCUAAAUUGCCUUUGGUAUCUUUUAUAACGCCGUCGGUUUUGUUCCUGUUGUGUGUGAACGUUUACUUGAGGUCAGUUCGUUUCUGAGAUGCUCGUGAAUGUACUUCUAAACGCUUUCACUGUACAGACUCAACCGGCUUCUGAGGCACCAGGUAUCUGAAAGGACGAGUCAAUCUUUGCAUUAGAGGCGUACGUGGUAUUAGUGAUCCUGCACCACUAGGAUUAGUUUAACCAGCAGGACUCAUGCGGUCAGUUAGCAUCACCGGGAUGACCAGCGCUAACCAGCAUACACUUGCCUGGGAAAGGUCAUGGUUUUUUUCGUUAACAAACAGGUUGUUAGUCUUGCUUUUAUUCCCAAAAUUGAAUCAAGAUUACCAAAAGUUUUGUUUUUUGAACGUUAAACGCUUGUUUGAGUGCGAAAUCUUAGCUUAACUCCUCAGAAACCAGAUUUAUCGCAUUAUCAGUCGUCUACGGAAGUCCGUUUCUGCCAUGAAAUAAAAAAUAAGGGGACUGAGACUUUUUAUGGCAUCAUUCUGAUCUUUUCUUACUUGCAAUUUUUUGUCUUGUUUAUUAUGAGUUUAUAUCUCAUAAUUCAUUUUUCUUUUAGUUUGUCUCAUAAUAAUGAGAAAGUUUGUAUGUCAAGAUUUUGAGUUUAUAUCUCGCAAUCUUGAGCUGGGUUUAUAUCUCAUAAUUAGUUUGUCUCAUAAUUUGAGGUUUAUAUCUCAUAUUCUCAAUUCUGAUCAAGUUUAUAUCAUAAUUAUGAGUUUAUGACUUCUAAGAUGAGUUUAUAUCUCAUAAUUAUGAGGUUAUGUCUUACAAGUUUACCUUCUGAGUUUGUCAGUUUUUCUCAUAAUUCUCAUCUUAUAUAUCAACUCUCAGUUUAUAUCAUAAAUAUGAGUUUCCCUGAUAAUUUUAACUUUAAAUCUCAUAAUUUUAGUUUGUUUCACAAUGUCUUAUAAGUUUAUAUCUUAGAAUUCAAGCUUAUAUGAUAAUUAUUAGUUUUUAUCUCAUAUUUUUUUUAUGUUUAUGUCUCAUUAUUAGAGUUUAUAUUGCAAUUUUAAGUUUAUGUCAAUUAUGAAUUUUCUCAUAAUUCUAUUUUUAAUUUAUAUCUCAAAAUUCUAAG